AUGGCAGCACCGCCUUAUGAUCACUUCAAGAAGCUCCUCGUCCUCGGCGAUAGUGGCGUUGGGAAGACCAGUCUACUUCUUCGAUUCUCGGAUAUACCUAUAGGGACAGACCUUAGUGUGAAGACCAUCGAGAUGGACAACGAAUGGGUCAAACUGCAAAUCUGUGACACAAACAGUCAGGAACGAUUAUUCAAAAAAAUCACAAGAGCUUGCUACGAGGCAGCUGAUGGUAUUUUGUUGGUGUAUGAUGUUACGAAUGAGUCAUCAUUUCUGCACGUUAGAGACUGGAUUCGGAAAAACAUACAUUCUUCUUCUAACAAUGUGAAGAAGGUACUGGUGGGGAACAAGGCGGACAUGGAUGAUGAGAGCAAAAGGGCUGUAUCAAGAGCUAGAGGUCAAACUCUUGCGGAUGUGUGCGACAUCAUGUUCUUGGAAACCAGUGCAAAGACGAACAAGAAUGUUGAAGACGUUUUCUUUGCAUUAGCCUCGUGCACUUAA